GUGCCUGACGUCAUGGGUCGCCAUUAGAAUCGUUCUUUGACAGGGCACAGAGUUAGAGGAAAAACCGAUAGCUCUCAGCAUCCACUGUGCUGUUGUCGAAUUGGAGAGGUAGCGAAAGAUAUCAGUACACCGACACGUCAUACUCUUAGGAAGACCCUUUCAAAAUUAGAUUAAAGCCACCGAAACGCACAUAAUUGGAGUGAUAGCUGCGUCGCUAAAAUGAGAAAUCUUUGUUUUUAACGGGACUUUUCUUUCAUGCUUCUAAAUAAGCAAUCGAAGUCAGUCCGGGGCUUUGGAUAAGCAACAAGAACAACAACUAAUCCUUGGGACGUGCACAACACACGAUCGACACAAGCAGAACUAAGGAUUAAGACACAAAUAAUGGAAACAACAGGACGAACUCUUAGGGAAUAGAGCGUUUAAAUAGCAUUGCGAAUGUGUAGUGUUAUGUAUAUGAUUAGUUCUUUGACUGGAAAUGGGAGCAUUGACAAGUAGACAAAAUGCAGGCGUGGAGGAGGUGGAUAUUCCGUCCAAUUCGGUAUACCGUUAUCCACCGAAAACUGGAAGUUACUUUGCUAGCCAUUUCAUCAUGGGUGGAGAGAAGUUUGACUCCACUCACCCUGAGGGUUACCUCUUUGGGGAGAAUACAGACCUCAACUUCCUGGGGACUCGACCAGUGGCAUUCCCCUAUGCUGCUCCACCCCCUCAAGAACCAGUGAAGACGCUCCGAAGCCUCAUAAAUAUCCGCAAAGACACACUGCGACUUGUAAGGUGCAAUGAAGAUGUAAAGCUACCUGGUGAGGAGAUGGUGGAAAAGAACAGAGCCUGCUACAACAUUGAGUUCACGUUUGAUGCAGACACACAGGUGGCCAUCACCAUCUUCUACCAGGCCAUAGAGGAGUUCCACAGCGGAGUGCCAGUUUACCUCCCCCAGGACAGCGCUCUGCAGUCAGAGACGGUGCACUUUAAGAGGGGCGUGAGCCAGCAGUUCUGUCUGCCGUCACACUCCGUCAACCUGUCAGAGUGGGCUGAGGAGGAGCUGCUGUUCGACAUGGACAGGGAGAUCUUUCCUAUGGUGGUGCAGGCAGUAGUAGAUGAAGGGGAAGAUCACUUGGGCCACUCACAUGUACUCUUAGCUACUUUUGAGAAGCACAUGGAUGGGAGCUUCUGUAUCAAACCUCUAAAGCAGAAACAAGUGGUUGAUGGAGUGAGCUAUCUCCUGCAAGAGAUCUAUGGCAUCGAGAACAAAUACAACAGCCAAGAGUCCAAGGUGGCAGAUGAUGAAAUUAGCGACAACAGUGCAGAAUGUGUAGUUUGUUUGUCUGAUGUGAGGGACACUCUCAUCCUGCCUUGUCGACACCUCUGUCUCUGCAAUGCCUGUGCUGACACACUCCGUUACCAGGCCAACUGUUGCCCCAUCUGCAGACUGCCCUUCAGAGCUCUUCUGCAGAUCCGGGCCAUGAGGAAGCGUCUGAGUCUGUCUCCGGCCGGGAUGAACCCUGUCAUCACUUCUCAGACCUCCGACUCAGAGGAGGCGUCGGAGCACAUCCCCCCGGGGUAUGAAGCAGUGUCUCUCUUGGAGGCUCUGAACGGCCCCCUGAGCACGUCUCCCUCGGUGCCCCCCCUGCAGACCCUGUCUGGGGCUCAUGUGUCUGGGCCCCUGCCCCCCUACAGCAGUGAGGCUAACCUACCCCCAGCACGCUCUCUCUCCCCGCCAGACCACUACAACUCCAGCCAACUUAAACUCAAGAAAAGUGGCUCUAAGUCACUCUCUCAGAACUCCUCUGUGCUCCCAGAGGAAGAAGAUGAGAAAUCAUGUAGUGAAUCAGAGGUUCAAGCCAGAGCCAGCCGCCGAAAACUAGCUGUGGAACAGCAGGAGUAUGGUGUUACUCCAGAGAGUGAGAACUUGACUCUGUCCUCGUCUGGAGCCAUUGAUCAGUCGUCCUGUACUGGUACCCCCCUCUCCUCCACCAUCACGUCCCCUGAAGAGCCAGCGAGCAGCAGCUUGGCCCAGUCAGUCAUGUCCAUGGCCUCCUCUCACUCUCAGCACUCCCACAUCAGCACCGACACCAUGUCCUCCAUGUCUGGAUCCUACCUGGCCGGGGUGGAGGGGGAGCAGGAGGGGCCAGAGGGGGGAGAGGCAGAGGGGGAGGAGAACCAGGAUACCCCCAUGGAGAGCCGGGGGCCCUCACAGCAGGACGGGGAGAUUCCUAAUGAACCGAAGGAACAGAACCUUGUGGUGGCUGUGUCGGAAGAGAGAGACUCUGAGGGAAAUGAUGUGACAGAGGAAGAUUGUCCUUCCCCGCCUCAUGAGCAUGGUGGGCGGAGCAGGUGUCCAGAGUUCACCAAUAACAAUCAGGGCGUCGCCCUCUGUGACACGGCCUCUUUGGGGCUGGAUAAUGAACACGCUCCCGACAGCCAUUUCGCCGGUCGGAUGUAUCUCGGGGGUUACAGGCCUGUUUUGGAGCCCCUCCCCCACCAUGCUUCAACCAGUAAUAUCAACCUUGAGGAGCAGGAGGCAGAGGCGGGGGACAGCCAUAGUCCCCCCAAAAAAGCAUCCUGUCGCGGACCACUCAUUGUGUAACACACACUAGCGCACACACAGUGAGUUGUAGUGUCUGGCUGAUGGGUGCUCAGCCUCAAUCCCAAGAAUUGAGCCCUUUGUGGACCACUCAUUAUGUAACACACCCACUCACACUCGCCCAUCCAUACUCGGCCCCAACUGGUAGGAUCUAUUAGAAGUGUACCAAAACCACACCACUUCCCAAUGGUUAUUUGACCCUUUUCAAAUUCCUUGUUUGAUAUAUUUAUCUGCCCAAUACCAUAUUAUUCCAGCAUCUCUUUGUGCUUUUGUUUUCUUGGGAAUAAUUUAUCACAUGACUCUGUCCAACUACCUGACAUUAUAACUUUUCGCAAGCUGCUCUCCUUCUUCGUAAGCAAGAACCAAUCAACCAACCAAUCAGGGACUACUGUGAGCUGCCAUGUAGUUUAAAUUAGGGUGUCUCUGUUCUGUGUUUAAUACCUGUUUAAACACUGAAAACAAGUGACCAAUUUAAGCCUACAUUCACUGGAUGAGACUAGACCAGACAUCUCUAUAGACCCGGUGAGUCUGGUCCUGGUUAAGCAUGCAGUACUCUUGAGGUUUCUACUUCGUAUUGUUCUCAGCAGCGAUGUGUCCUGUUAAAACCUGCUUUGUAUCUGACUUUGGCUAUAGUAAUAAACUAGAUAUCAUGAAAUGGCUGACCUGUUCCAUAACAAUUAGUGAUACUUUACUGAAAUGGGGACAAGGAGCCAAGUCUCUCCUAAUGUAAUAAUGGAUCAUGGAGGGUAUGCCUUUAAGUAUGCCUUUGAGUCCAAAGGGGGAAUACAACAAUGUGUUAAUCAGUUGUAGUCUAAACAUACACCCAUGACAUUUGAACCGUUGACCCUAUCCACCCACUAUCCUCCAAUAUCAGUCCUAUUACAUCAGUAUUAUUAUAGCUGGACUGAGAUGCCACACAACAAACCCAUGUUGCAUCCAUUCACUGUUUAUUGGCUACUUACAAAAAAGACAUCUACAGUUGUUGAACUGCACUUUUAAAGAACAGCACUCCUGUCUACAAUACUUUUUAUUUUAAAUACACUUCUGCUGUCUAAAAGACAAGGCGACCCACAUCCUAUGUGAAACAUUUAUUUUGUAUUAUUUUAGUGCUUAGUUCACACGUAGAUACUUUUCUGUGUUGUUCUGUGGAUUUUGUUAAAUUAAA